AGUCGAAGUGUCCUCACUGAUUGAAAAGUCCAAGACCGCGCCUACUUGUUUCAGACUAAGCUCUCCGAGAGAAAGAUAACGGGACAAAUUGAUAUCUAAGAAGACGUCAAACCAAAGUACUCCCAUUACUCCUGUCUGACAUCACCGUCCCUGUAACUCUCCUCUCUGUGAUCCCAUCAUGGCAGUGGUGUUGCGUUCCUCACCUCUCCUGUGGACCCGAGUGGCUGCCAUGGUUUUCGCCUGCGUGGCCUUCAGCGUUUCCAUGUACGGAUCAAGGCUCACCCACGGCACCGGCGACUGGUGCGUGUUCUGCUGGAGCUUCAGUUUCGUGGGAACUCUUCUAAUCAUCCUAGUGGAGAUGUUUGGCCUGCAGACGCGUGCCCCAGUCUCGUGGAAGAACUUUCCCAUCACGUUCGCCUGCUACGCCUCUCUCCUCUGCCUCUCUGCGUCCAUCAUAUUCCCCUUGUACUUCCUGAAGGGCUUUGCUGGGCGCACUGAGAUGAUUAACUGCCGCAUCGUGUCCACUGUAUUUUCUUGCCUUGCUACUAUCGCCUAUUUAAGCGAGGUGAGUCUCAGUAAGGCCCGUCCAGGAGAAGUGUCCGGCUACAUGGCUACCGCACCAGGGCUGCUAAAAGUGUGCGAAACCUUCAUCGCCUGCAUCAUCUUCGUCUUCAUCAGCGAGCCCGAGUCGUACAAACAGAAUGCGGCGACCCAGUGGUGUUUGGCUGUGUACUGCAUCUGCUUCAUUUUAUCGGCAGGCAUCAUUGUGAUGUGUGUUGGCGAAUGCACAGGUUGCUUGCCUUUCUCCUUCGCCCGCUUCCUAUCCACGUAUGCCCUGCUGGCUGUGAGCAUGUAUCUGUCGGCCACCAUCAUCUGGCCCAUUUAUAAGUUCGACAAUAAGCACGGAGGCCAGAGCCACCGACCAAACAUCUGCGGGUCCAGCAUUGGACUUUGCCCGUGGGACAAACUGGUCGCCAUUACUGUGCUUAGCUCGCUUAACUUCAUUCUUUAUCUGGCUGAUCUCAUUUACUCCGCAAGGCUAGUGUUUGUUAAUGCUUAAGGGGUUUAGCGAGAAUUUAAAAAAAAAAAGAGCAGAGUAAUACAAGAGGAAGAGAUUCAAUGUAGAAAGAGAGAAGUGGGUUGGAGAGUAGAGAUGGUGUAAUGGUAGGUCAUGAACUAUAGUCUUUGUGCUUGCUUUUUUAUCAAUCGUGUCAUGGUCAAAAGACAAGAAAGUACUUUUUGGGUCAGAAGUUGUAAUAAAUGGAUACAAGUAAAAGAAAAUGAAAACACACACACACAAACAAACAAACAAACA